UCAUACAACAGACAUACGGAGGAAGUUGUUCAAGAGACAGGGGACAAUAAACAAGUUGAAACAACAAAAAUACCAUUAACAGGAGAGACAGCAGAGCAGGAAAAAAUGGACACCAUCUUGACAGAAAUGCAGCCCAUUGACACUGCUCAAACAAAGGAAGUUUGUGAUCAAGAUAAAACUAAUGACCAUGUUAGUUCAAUUGUUGAUGAGCUUAAUAGUUUAAGUUUACAUUCAACUUUAACUGUUGAUGAGCAGCCAGUUGGCCAGUCAAAUGUCAUGGAAAUGCCAGGAGAAAAAUGUACGCAAGUAGUGUGUUCUGUAUCAGAAAAAGAAAAUACAGAAAGGGAUACGGAAAAAGAUUUCUUCAGGCAGGAUGGAAAUAUACAGGGCAACUAUGAGAUGAGUCAGUCAGCUUUCACACAAGAGAUACCUACAGAAAAAGACCAGCCAGGAGAUAAUCCUGAUAAUGAAAGUGUCGAGCAAGAAGAGUCAACAGAGUUGUCUUCAAACGAGGAAGAAAAAGAGCCAUUGUCUCAGGUUAGUGUAGGUCACCAUUUAGGAGGCACUGUUAUUGAAAAAAAUUCUGCAAUUCUCUCUGGACACCCAACGGACCAAGUGAGUGAUACAUACCCACUUGAGUUGAUUGUGAAAAGUACUGAGUUUGCAAACAUGCACAAAAAUCCAGAUCCUGAUUACAAUGUGCUUCAUCAUGCAGAAGAAGGAAUCCUCCCUGACGUCCAGGAACAUAAAUUAUCUUUAAAAAACCCUCCUUUAGAUGUGAUUGCUCCCUUGGACAACCCAUUUCAGGACUACUCAAACAGUAGCAAAGAGCAAACACAAACACAAACAGACUCCAACCUCAUUAAAAAACGGAAAAAAAUGGGGUCUAGUCGAAGAUAUAAAGACAGACAGCAGGCUAAGGACUCUGUUGAACACAAGGAAGACGUUAAUGAAGAAAUGGUUACAUCACAAAUGGUAUUAGUAACAGAGAGAGCAACUCAGGAAGAACUACAUCAAGGAAGUUAUUACGAUACUACCAUCUCUGAAACACAUGAUGACCCUAUGCUUUCUGGGAUUCUGGAUUAUGAGGCUCAAAGCUCCACUAAAUCAAACUAUCCAGAGACCAACCUUGAAAGUGUAUUGCCUGGAAGUGAAAGUCGCCAAGCAGAUCACGUUGAAAGAGAGAGACACUUUAGAGUGGAGGAUUCUAAUAAAUCAAUGUUAGUGAAUCUGGAAGGAAUGGACAAAUCUGUCUUUCUCAACAAUGAAGAUGCCAAAGGUGCUCAUCAUUCAGAGGAUGAUUUAAAAGAAGAGCAUGAAAAUAAUGUUAAGCUAACACAAAUGCAAGAGAUGCAAGAGAUUGAUAGCAUCACUGAAAGUGUGUUACAUGAUUCCAGCAAAAAUGUAGAAAUAAUUUCUGGAAACCUGAUAAAAGAAGCUGAAAUCAGAAAUAUCUACGAAUCAGAGUUGACUGUGAAAAGUAUUGAUGAUUCGCUUAGCAAGCAGGAAGACUUGCAUCCUCUCGACAAGCUAGAAGAGAAUCCUAUAAAAUAUGUCAAAGUUGAGGCUUUGGAACUAGCAAAAAAUGAUGAUCAUGUAAAUGAUUCCAAGAAACCAGAACAGAUCAGCAAUGCAUUCAGAGAGGACACUUCACCUGGUCAGGCUAACAAGACUGAAGGCCAUGUAGAGGAUGAGAUAAAAUCGUGCUUUGGGCAAACAGGUUACCAGGAGAAAGAAGGCCUCUUUUUUUGGGAUGAGGAUAGUGAAUCCUCUUCACAAACCCUGCCAGCAGAAAUGCCAGCUCCUAACUCCCAAGAGCAACAAAUUGACUGGAAACUAGGCAAAGACUCACCUGCUGAAUCAUACAACAGACAUAUGGAGGAAGUUGUUCAAGAGACAGGGGACAAUAAACAAGUUGAAACAACAAAAAUAACAUUAACAGGAGAGACAGCAGAGCAGGAAAAAAUGGACACCAUCUUGAAAGAAAUGCAGCCCAUUGACACUGCUCAAACAAAGGAAGUUUGUGAUCAAGAUAAAACUAAUGACCAUGUUAGUUCAAUUGUUGAUGAGCUUAAUAGUUUAAGUUUACAUUCAACUUUAACUGUUGAUGAGCAGCCAGUUGGCCAGUCAAAUGUCAUGGAAAUGCCAGGGGAAAAAUGUAUGCAAGUAGUGUGUUCUGUAUCAGAAAAAGAAAAUACAGAAAGGGAUACGGAAAAAGAUUUCUUCAGGCAGGAUGGAAAUAUACAGGGCAACUAUGAGAUGAGUCAGUCAGCUUUCACACAAGAGAUACCUACAGAAAAAGACCAGCCAGGAGAUAAUCCUGAUAAUGAAAGUGUCGAGCAAGAAGAGUCAACAGAGUUGUCUUCAAACGAGGAAGAAAAAGAGCCAUUGUCUCAGGUUAGUGUAGGUCACCAUUUAGGAGGCACUGUUAAUGAAAUACAUGAAGAGGAGGUUAAGCCAACCCAAGUGGAAGAAGUACAUCAACAUAUUUACUGCUCAGUUGAGGAGAGUGAUUCUUCAUUACAUGCACUGCAAUCUGAAACUAAUGUUUCUUCAGAUUCCGAACUUCAGCAAAUCAACCCCAUUGGGAACAGUUCUUGUCAUAGAAAUAGAGAAAGGCAGCAUGUUAAGAACACUGUAACUGACACUUUUUAUGAACCCAAGGAGGAGAAUUUAAGUCAGCUUACAGAAUUUGACAAAACUGACUUGACACUAUCACCGAAAGAAUUGGGUUUGAAAGAUGGUUUAGACAUAGAGAAUACUCCUUGUCAUGAUGACAUUGUCUUCACAGGGUCCUCCAAUCCUCUUGAGCAAGAAGAUGACUAUCACAACCAAAACAAGGAAGCUUUAUCUUGUGACAAAGAAGAAAAAAAAGAUAUGCAAAAGACAAACGAUGCAGUAGAAACUGUGGGAGAUGUCACAAUAGACAACCAUAACAGAGAAGCAAGUACUGCAGCUGGAUCAGUUUCUGAAAAGGAUGAAGUUGACGGAAAAUUGAAAGAUCCUAUGAAGACAGACCAACAAGCCCAGGAUAAUAUGGCUUCACAGGAUAUCACAGAAUCUGAAUUCUUUGCUAAACACAAAACGGACUCUCUGGUUCCGUUGGACACUGGUCUUGUGGCAAACUCUAAAGCAGAGCAAGCUGUGGAUGUGGCUGAGGAAAUUGGAAGUGAUCAUUUGCAAGAACAAUCUAAACAAAGGAAGAGAAAGUUUGGCUCUAAUCGCCGGACUCUACACAAAGUUAAUCCAGAGGGAGGACAGGAAAACAAAGAUGAGACCAAAAGGGUGGAAUUUAAAACUGAACCUGAAGUGAGAGAUUUUGAAAAAGAAGAAGUAAUGGAUGAAUUUCCAGCGCUUGCCACUGCAGAGGUUUCAAUGAAUGAAAAAGCAAAACCAUCAUUGAGUUUGGUGUGCAUUCCACAAAGCAAAACUGAUGAAACAAACAGUGUUCUUGACUUAGGACAAAUGCUGCAAAGCAGGUACUCUGACCCAAAAGCUUUAGAGAGCAGUACGAUACCAGACAAAAAUCUGUUGCUGUCUUCGAAUACUGAGGAAUGUACAAAUAUUGGUAUCACAGGAGGAAGCUUUGUGUCUUUAGAUGAGACUCAAGGAUCACAAAAUGAUGAGGAAAGGCCGGAAAGUGCCAAUGCUUUACAACAGCAAGCUUUGAAGUCAACAGAAAAGCAGGUUGUGGCUGUGGAAGAUUUGGAAAUAGUUAAAGCUGUGGUUAUUGGAGGUGAAGAAGAGCAAAACAGUGUCAAGCCCAGUAUACAAGAGUCAAGCAAUGUGGAAGAAGGAGCGCAGAAAACAGAUCUCGAGAUGAAGAAUGCAAGCCCAAAUUUAAAUUCUACACAACCGAGAAGAAAGAUGGGAUCCACCCGGAAGAAUCUCAGAUCAAAAACCAAGAUGAAGAGUUACCUCAAAAGCAGGAGGUAGACGAUAAGGCAAUAGAGACCACAA